GCUCUUUGAUUCGGUUGGGCUCUUUCUUUAUUUUUCUGCCGAUCGAUUUUUUAGAAUCUUCCACUUUUUGAUCGAGAGAGAGAGAUUCGAAGAUCAUUUCAAUUGAUUUACAAUGGGGAGUUCCGCUGGAUCCAGCGUCGUUGUUCCUCGGAACUUCCGGUUGCUAGAAGAACUUGAACGAGGAGAGAAGGGCAUUGGUGACGGGACUGUGAGUUAUGGAAUGGAUGAUGGAGAUGAUAUCUACAUGCGGUCCUGGACAGGCACAAUCAUUGGCCCGCACAAUUCAGUGCAUGAGGGACGCAUCUAUCAGUUGAAGCUGUUCUGUGACAAGGACUAUCCAGAGAAACCCCCCAGUGUUCGAUUCCACUCACGCAUAAACAUGACUUGUGUCAAUCAUGAGACCGGAGUGGUUGAGCCAAAGAAAUUCAGUAUGCUAGCAAAUUGGCAGCGCGAGUACACAAUGGAGUCGAUAUUGACACAGCUGAAGAAGGAAAUGGCUGCUCCCCACAACCGAAAACUAGUCCAGCCUCCAGAAGGCACUUUCUUCUAAUUCGACGGAACCCCGUAUGAUUCUGAUGCAGGCCUUUUUACGAGGGCAGAUCUCAUGAACUCGAAUCUGAAGUCUUGGGAGGAAAGUCUCCAUUAUCUUUUAAGCUCCAUCAGCUUCCUGCGUCUCAGGAAGUGGAAGUAAUAUGUUUGAACUGUAGAGUGGAUUGAAUGAGAACUGGGAAAACCUUUGCAAAUUGUUCAGUGGUUUAAACAUCUUCAAUUUGAACAAACUAAAAAUUUCCUGAUGUCCCAUUAUUUACCUUGUGAACUGAAAAUAUUCUGUUGUCUUUGAUUAAUGAUGGACAUGUGCUUUUAGUACUUGAUCACUCAUACUGGAAUCAAGAGUAAGAGUAGCUCAAAUAGAGAGCUGGGGUUUUUAUA